AAACAUAAAAAUCAUAAACUUUUGUAAACACGAGUAGGUAGGAAAUAAUUAACCAUAGUUUAUAACGUUAAUGUAGUGUUGAAAAAAAUAGCUAAAAUGACGAUAUUUCAUGACGAAAUAGAAAUUGAAGAUUUUGAAUACGAUGAAGAUGAGGACAUGUAUUACUACCCUUGUCCUUGUGGGGAUAGAUUUCAGAUAAGUAAGGAAGAAUUAUUAGCCGGGGAAGAAGUAGCCACAUGUCCCAGUUGUUCUCUAGUAGUUAAAGUAAUAUAUGAUUUGGAAAGAUUUAAAGCCGAAGCGGAAGAAAUACACGAGGAUAAAACGGAUAAGGAAACUGUGAAGGCCUAAAGUUUUAUGUAUCAACAUGAUGCUUGUGCAAUGAUUUAACAAGUUUCAGAGUGGUUUGUAAAACCACUUAGUAUUUGAGACGAAGGAAGAGUACUGUGAUGACAUGUGAUACUAAUAAUAAACAGAUUUCAUGAAUAA